ACAUAAACAUGGAAACUGAAACCCAACGGCAAAUCGACGAAACCGUGCGUCGUCUUCUGGCCGAGUCCGACAUGGACCAAGUCACCGAGUCCAAGAUUCGCAAGCUGGCCUCGCUGGAGCUCGCACUCGACCUCGACAAGCCGCCCUUCAAAGCCUUCGUCAAGCAAGUCGUCCAGUCCUUCAUCCAAGAACAGCAAGACAAACACGAACAGCAACAACAACAACAACAAGCCGCCGAGGAGGAGGAGGAGGAGGAAGGCAAGCAGGAGCGGGAGUACGACGACAACGGCGAUCUGGUUAUUUGCAGGCUUUCGCAUAAGAGGAAGGUGACUGUUCAGGAGUUUAAGGGGAAGCCAUUGGUGUCGUUGAGGGAGUUUUUUACUAAAGAAGGCAAGGAGCUUCCUACCUCCAAAGGAAUAAGCUCGACAGAGGAGCAAUGGUCAGUAUUUAAGAAGAAUGUACCUGCUAUAGAGAAGUCAGUCCAGAAGAUGGAGUCACGGAUCAAUUGAAAUUAUCUGCUCAAUUUUCCAAAUGUUCACCCUUUUUACAUUCUUCCUUGUCAGUUGUAUUGUACGCGAUCACUCUGCUUUCGGUGAGUAUUUAGUUUAGAAGUACUAGUGGAACGCUUUCUUGGUGAAUUAGUGACUUGUGUGAGCAUCAUCAUCCUUUCCUGUCAUGUUUAAAUAUUGAAGCAGUCCAAGACCUUUACAACC